AUGUCUGACAACGAAGAACAAGAACAGACUAUCGCUGAGGACUUGGUUGUCACCAAGUAUAAAAUGGGAGGUGACAUCGCCAACCGUAAGUGUCCGAUCGGGGUGACCUGCUCUUGUCGGCCUUUCGACUUCGUACAACAUAGUCAACACAACCAUGUGCUUUGACAUAGUAGGCGCAGUUUAGAAACGUGUGAUGGGUGGAAUGGAAAUUGGCCUAGCCCUAGUAUUCUGGUCUAGCGCAAGCAAGCUGACUUUAUUUUGUUCAGUAAGCUAACUAGCUAUGGUUAACGGUUAUUUUGUCAAGGACUGUCAACAUAGGCUAGCUAGCAAACGUUACCUACAAAUUAAUUAUCAACAGUCACAUCAGACAGUAGCAACCACUAUUGUAUUUGUUAGGUAGAUGUAGUUAGCUAGCUAACGUUAUUUAUUGUAUGGUCAUAACCUUAGUUCACGGUUUGGGGAGCUACAGUAGCUAACGGCAUUUUUUAUGUUUCCAUGUCAACCACACAGAGAUUGUAGCUAGGAAGUUGCCUUGGGGCAAUUCUAUGUUAACAGGCUCCGACUUUUCCACUUUGAAAUGUAGCUAGCUAUGUCAAACAAGAACCAAACAAAAACUCAAUGCACAAGGACUACUUUUAAAAAUGUUAACAGAAAUGUUAAUAAAAAUAUUUACUUGACGAACAAUGCAAAUACAAAGUUUGGUAACAGAAUGAUGGUUUAUGCUGUUUGUGCCAUCAUUCUGUUACCAAACUUUGCAUCUGCACUGUUCUCAAAGUGUGUUUUUGUACAAUUCUGGGGAAAUUGUAAAAAUUCGGCCUUGUGCAUAGAGUUGUAUGGGUUGUUUAAUUUUGCAAUCAUUGAUUUUUGUUUGGCAAGUGAAAAAUAAGCCUCAGCAUAAUUCUGUUUUCAUGGAAUUAACCCCUUACUAGCAAAGAGUCAUCGCUAGCUAGUUCCAAGUGAAGUGACAUUUAGGUCUAGCUAUAUAUGUGUAAGUUUGUUCUGCCUGGCUGUAGUCAACUGAGACAAUUUUACUGGAAAAGGCUUGCAAACUUGACAGGGAAAUAUUAUUCCAACCACACAUGAUCUGGCUAGCUAGCUGCCUCACUGACAACUUAUUCACAGGUAUUAUAAAUAAAUAUAGCUAAUUUCCUACCAAAAUCAAGUGGUCCCAAAAUGCUUACAUUGCUUGUUGGCAUGACCUUAGUAGCUUUAUGACACACAGAAAUAGAAUGAGUAGACAGGGUUCGUCAUUCAAGUCAAUGAUGGCAUAAUGGGUGGACUGGCAACCAUUUUGAGUGUAACCUUAGCAGGAAGUAAAAGCAGGAAGUUUACCCUUCAGUCUGUGCUGUGAUUUGUUGAGCCACCGCAACUGACAUUACAAAAAAUUACGUAGCAUGUUAGGAGAAUUAGGUUAGCUAAAAUGCCAAAAAAGUAUACUUUUGACGUUCAUUUGACAUAAACUGGAUCCCUUCUAGCCAUGACCCAGCUAGAGUGGUGGUGAGGAGGAGGAGCUCCGCAGACCCUUUUGUGUCCUGAAGUAAUUUUGCCAUUCAUUGUAGUCAUUGCGCCCUGUAGAGUUGCUAUUUUCUCGUGUCAAUUAACUUGUGACAUUCCUGGAUUACUCAUUAUAAUAAUAGUCCGAUUUAAUCAACAAAUUCGAUAAUCAGUUUAAAAAAGGUUAAGGGUACAAGACUGUGUACAUAGCUGGCUGUUUUGGCAAAAAUCACUACAUAUCCCAUCGAGCAAAGCGGGGAGAGGCUGCCCGUUGUCACAGUUCCAAGACCAGUCAGAAACAAACCCUACGCCAAUGACGCCGCUGGAUCUCAAAACUGAACUUGGAUCCGCGUUAAGUAGCAAUGAUAUCCUUCGCCACCGUCGUCUUAGGACAUUCACGUCAUUUAGCAGACAAUCUUAUCUAGAGCGACUUACAGUUAGAGUGCAUACAUUUUCAUACUGGCCCCCCGUGGGAAUCGAACCCACAACCCUGGCGUUGCAAGCGCCAUGCUCUACCAACUGAGCUACACAGGACUAUACUCGAACCAGUCAUGACUAUUUAAUAAAACAAAUACUUUUGAAGUUUCUUACCAGCAAAUGUCUUAGUUACAUGAUUGCAUAACUAGCAAAGGCGUUUUAAAAUCGAGGGUGUAGUGUUUUAAGUUUGGCAAUGAGGACAGAAACUAGCAUAGUUCAAAUGGGAAAACGAGUUUAGGCUUAGUGCGCAUGUACGCCCAUGCGCACUAGGCUAAUUCAGGAGACCUGUAGAGAUUGUAGUUUUUAUGCACUGAUAUCAUGAGCUGGCAGAAUAAAGUUUGAUUUAAACAAUUCAGAGACUGAAACAAAUAAAUCAGAUGACUUAUUUAAGGAGAGCGAAUGGGUAUACAAUCUCGAAGUCAGCUGUAACUGUCAAUAGUAAAAAAAAAUAAUAAUAAUUUAAAAGGAGCUUAAAACGAUGUUUGAGUGAACCCUGAAUACAGUAAAUGAAUGGUGAAGUUGCUUCCAGACACGGUAGACUCCUCCUCCUCACCGCUCUAUGGACAGGCUUCAAAUUGACCUCAGGCCCUGGGUCAUGACUCAUACCUCGACAUUGAACCCAGUUAAAUGGCAGCUGAUUCAUCAUGACAUACAGUGGGGGAAAAAAGUAUUUAGUCAGCCACCAAUUGUGCAAGUUCUCCCACUUAAAAAGAUGAGAGAGGCCUGUGAUUUUCAUCAUAGGUACACGUCAACGAUGACAGACAAAAUGAGGAAAGAAAAUCCAGAAAAUCACAUUGUAGGAUUUUUAAUGAAUUUAUUUGCAAAUUAUGGUGGAAAAUAAGUAUUUGGUCAAUAACAAAAGUUUCUCAAUACUUUGUUAUAUACCCUUUGUUGGCAAUGACACAGGUCAAAUGUUUUCUGUAAGUCUUCACAAGGUUUUCACACACUGAUGCUGGUAUUUUGGCCCAUUCCUCCAUGCAGAUCUCCUCUAGAGCAGUGAUGUUUUGGGGCUGUCGCUGGGCAACACGGACUUUCAACUCCCUCCAAAGAUUUUCUAUGGGGUUGAGAUCUGGAGACUGGCUAGGCCACUCCAGGACCUUGAAAUGCUUCUUACGAAGCCACUCCUUCGUUGCCCGGGCGGUGUGUUUGGGAUCAUUGUCAUUGUCAUGCUGAAAGCCACGUUUCAUCUUCAAUGCCCUUGCUGAUGGAAGGAGGUUUUCACUCAAAAUCUCACGAUACAUGGCCCCAUUCAUUCUUUCCUUUACACGGAUCAGUCGUCCUGGUCCCUUUGCAGAAAAACAGCCCCAAAGCAUGAUGUUUCCACCCCCAUGCUUCACAGUAGGUAUGGUGUUCUUUGGAUGCAACUCAGCAUUCUUUGUCCUCCAAACACGACGAGUUUAGUUUUUACCAAAAAGUUCUAUUUUGGUUUCAUCUGACCAUAUGACAUUCUCCCAGUCCUCUUCUGGAUCAUCCAAAUGCACUCUAGCAAACUUCAGACGGGCCUGGACAUGUACUGGCUUAAGCAGGGGGACACGUCUUGCACUGCAGGAUUUGAGUCCCUGGCGGCGUAGUGUGUUACUGAUGGUAGGCUUUGUUACUUUGGUCCCAGCUCUCUGCAGGUCAUUCACUAGGUCCCCCCGUGUGGUUCUGGGAUUUUUUCUCACCGUUCUUGUGAUCAUUUUGACCCCACGGGGUGAGAUCUUGCGUGGAGCCCCAGAUCGAGGGAGAUUAUCAGUGGUCUUGUAUGUCUUCCAUUUCCUAAUAAUUGCUCCCACAGUUGAUUUUUCAAACAAAGCUGCUUACCUAUUGCAGAUUCAGUCUUCCCAGCCUGGUGCAGGUCUACAAUUUUGUUUCUGGUGUCCUUUGACAGCUCUUUGGUCUUGGCCAUAGUGGAGUUUGGAGUGUGACUGUUUGAGGUUGUGGACAGGUGUCUUUUAUACUGAUAACAAGUUCAAACAGGUGCCAUUAAUACAGGUAACGAGUGGAGGACAGAGGAGCCUCUUAAAGAAGAAGUUACAGGUCUGUGAGAGCCAGAAAUCUUGCUUGUUUGUAGGUGACCAAAUACUUAUUUUCCACCAUAAUUUGCAAAUAAGUUCAUUAAAAAUCCUACAAUGUGAUUUUCUGGAUUUUGUUUUCUCAAUUUCUGUCAUAGUUGACGUGUACCUAUGAUGAAAAUUACAGGCCUCUCUCAUCUUUUUAAGUGGGAGAACUUGCACAAUUGGUGGCUGACUAAAUACUUUCUUCCCCCACUGUAAUACAACCAUAAUGGAUAGUGUCUUAUUUAAAGAGAACGCACAUGUUCCGAUUGAAUGUAAUGAUGACAUAUUUGGUCUCACAUCUACACUCUAAUCUUUUUCACCUCUCAAAUGUCUCAUACCUCUCCACCUCCUAUUCCCCUGCCCUCUCUCUCUGUCUAGAGGCCCUGCGUGUGGUGAUUGAGGCGGCCAAGUCAGGGGUGUCUGUGCUCAGUCUGUGUGACAAGGGAGAUGCCCACAUCAUGGCAGAGACUGGCAAGGUCUUCAGGAAGGAGAAAGACUUGAAAAAAGGUAAGGGGCCAGGGUGGGGUGGAAGGGGGGGAAAGGCUAUCCUCCAUGUGCUCAGUUGUCAGUACAUGUCCCACUUCUCAUUAAUGUGUAGGCUCGUUGCAGUGAUGUAUGACGGCGUGUUCAUAGACGUCCAACAAUCCGCUGUUAAUGCCACGUAUGGUGUUUGAGAGCUCACGCUUUGUUCUCGCAGAGCAAUCAUUGUACAAUUUCUCCAUCCAGGUCAUUACGUUGUUUGUACAUAGCAUCUUGUAGACUGGUUCUAGAUAUUCCAUCAGGGCAGUGAAGCUGACAUUCUCUACCAUUGACAAUGGCUGCAUAUCAAUUGCAAUCAUUUCUGUAAUCAGUGCUGUGAUUUUCUCACUCCGUCCGUUAUCGCACAGCUGCCAGCAACGGGUUGGGUCACGGUGUCUCCCUUUCAGAUGAUGGCUAAGCAUUGCACCUGUACUGCCACUGUAGCUCAAUUCCACCUUACUACGUUUGCAUUUAUUUCACCGCCUUCUCAUUUAACUUCUCAAAGUAUUGCCAUACAGGACUUUGCUGCUGUCGCUUCCCUGUCUCGCUCUGCUAUUUUGAUAACUAUUAACGACGAUGACUUGGAGUGCUUUAUAUCCGUGGCAAAUCAUUUGAAAGAUGCAUAUCUCCUCCUACUAACGUUACAGCAUUGUUGCAUUAGGUAUUUGUUUAAUUUCUAUUUUCCCCUUAAUGAUAAUGAUUGGGACCUGUUAGCAGUCGUUUUUUUAUAACUGCACUGUGAUUUUAAUUUUGUAAAAAAAAUAAGAAAAUUGGUUAGGGAUUUUUUUUCUUCUAAACUUUUGCUAUCCCAAUGUCGUUUAAACGUUCACACCCCUACUAUGUAGUUAUAAGAGACAGAUAAGACUGUUUGUCCUGUCUCCCAUAACUGUUUACUGUCAUACUGUCUCCAGAUCAGAAACACAUGCCACACAUUCACAAUGGGCCUGAACAUGGGAUUACUUAUUGAAUAUGCCAGUGAGAUGACAGAACUAUGAGGAGUGAUAUGGGUUAAAAAUAGGGGCGUUAUUUGACAUCAGUCUCUCAUAAACACUGCAGAUGAUUUUGAAUUGAAGAUUUGGUGGUUCUCUCUUCCCUUUUACAGGAAUUGCCUUCCCCACCAGCGUCUCAGUCAAUAACUGUGUUUGCCACUUCUCUCCCCUGAAGAGUGACCCUGACUACACACUUAAAGAUGGGGACCUGGUCAAAAUGUAUGAACCUCAAUCUACAGUAAUGUUACCCCUUCACUCUAUGUGUCUUCAGUCUCCCAAGUAUGUGUUGUCUUUCCCCUCUCUCGUCUGUCAUCUUGUUUUCUGUGUUCUCAUGCGUCUGAUGGAGUCUCCUUGGCUGUUGACUUGUCGUCUUUGUUAGGUCUCGUCUCCCUGUAUGUCUAUGUGUGCCUGUAUGUCUAUAUGGCAAACGAUAAGUAAGGAUUGGAUAACGAGCCUUGUUCAUCUGGUAUUGGUGUCUAAUUGUCACUAUUGCCAUUGCAUAGUUGAACAAGCAUUUUCAUCUUAGUUGUUGGACUGCCACUUUGGUUUUCAUCUCUCUGUUGACCCUCCCUUGCCUGUUUUCUGUCUUCUGUAUAUUUAAGGAUGUCACUGACUGGAACAUUGUGAGUGUUAAAGAGUCAACUAUACUGAACAAAAAUCGUAUGCAACAUGUAAAGUGUUGGUCCCAUGUUUCAUGAGCUGAAAUAAAAUAUCCCAGAACUUUUCCAUACACACAAAAAGCUUAAUUCGCUCAAAUUUUGUGCACAAAUUUGUUUACAUCCCUGUUAGUGAGCAUUUAUCUUUGCCAAGAGAAUCCAUCCACCUGACAGGUGUGGCAUAUCAAGAAGCUGAUUAAACAGCAUGAUCAUUACACAGGUGCACAUUGUGCUGGGGACAAUAAAAGGCCACUCUAAAAUCGAAUCAAAUCGAAUUGUAUUUGUCACAUGCGCCGAAUACAACAGGUGUAGACCUUACAGUGGAAUGCUUACUUACAAGCCCUUAACCAACAAUGCAGUUUUAAGAAAGAAUACCCUAAAAAAAUAAGAAAUAAAAGUAGCAAAUAAUGAAAGGGCAGCAGUAAAAUAACAAUAGUAAAAUAACUCUACCUACAUGUACAUAUUACCUCAACGGGGGUACCGGCACAGAGUCAAUGUUCGGGGGCACCAGUUAGUCGAGGUAAUAUGUACAUGUAGGUAGAGUUAUUAAAGUGACUAUGCAUAGAUAAUAAACAGAGUAGCAGCAGCGUGAAAGAGGGGAGAGGGGGCCAAUAUAAAUAGUCUGGGUAGCCAUUUGAUUAGAUGUUCAGGAGUCUUAUGGCUUUGGGGUAGAAGCUGUUUAGAAGCCUCUUGGACCUAGACUUGGCGCUCCGGUACCGCUUUCCGUGCGGUAGCAGAGAGAACAGUCUAUGACUAGGGUGGCUGGAGUCUUUGACAAUUUUUAGGGCCUUCCUCUGACACCGCCUGGUAUAGAGGUCCUGGAUGGCAGGAAGCUUGGCCCCAGUGAUGUACAGGGCCGUACGCACUACCCUCUGUAGUGCCUUGCGGUGGGAGGCCGAGCAGUUGCCAUACCAGGCAGUGAUGCAACCAGUCAGGAUGCUCUCGAUGGUGCAGCUGUAGAACCUUGGCACUAUGGUGUUGAACGCUGAGCUGUAGUCAAUGAAUAGCAUUCUCACAUAGGUGUUUAUUUUGUCCAGGUGUGAAAGGGCAGUGUGGAGCACGAUAGAGAUAGCAUCAUCUGUGGAUCUGUUGGGGUGGUAUGCAAAUUGGAGUGGGUCUAGGGUUUCUGGGAUAAUGGUGUUGAUGUGAGCCAUGACCAGCCUUUCAAAGCACUUCAUGGCUACAGACGUGAGUGCUACGGGUCGGUAGUCAUUUAGGCAGGUUACCUUAGUAUUCUUGGGCACAGGGACUAUGGUGGUCUGCUUGAAACAUGUUGGUAUUACAGACUCAGACAGGGAGAGGUUGAAAAUGUCAGUGAAGACACUUGCCAGUUGGUCAGCGCAUGCUCGGAGUACACGUCCUGGUAAUCCGUCUGAAUUUUGACCUGUUUAAAGGUCUUACUCACAUCGGCUACGGAGAGCAUGAUCACACAGUCAUCCAGAACAGCUGAUGCUCUCAUCCAUGUUUCAGUGUUCCUUGCCUCGAAGCGAGCGUUGAAGUAAUUUAGCUCGUCUGGUAGGCUUGUGUCACUGGGCAGCUCGUGGCUGUGCUGCCCUUUGUAGUCUGUAAUAGUUUGCAAGCUCUGCCACAUCCGAACAGCAUCGGCGCCGGUGUAGUACAAUCGAUUUUAGUCCUUUAUUGGCGCUUUGCUUGUUUGAUGGUUCGUCGGAGGGCAUAGCGGGAUUUCUUAUAAGCUUCCGGGUUAAAGUCCUGCUCCUUGAAAGCGUCAGCUCUACCCUUUAGCUCAGUGCAGAUGUUGCCUGUAAUCCAUGGCUUCUGGUUGGGGUAUGUACGUACGGUCACUGUGGGGACGACGUCAUCGAUGCACUUACAGUGAGGGAAAAAAGUAUUUGAUCCCCUGCUGAUUUUGUAUGUUUGCCCACUGACAAAGACAUGAUCAGUCUAUAAUUUUAAUGGUAGGUUUCUUUGAACAGUGAGGGACAGAAUAACAACAACAAAAUCCAGAAAAGCGCAUGUAAAAAAUGUUAUAAAUUCAUUUGCAUUUUAAUGAGGGAAAUAAGUAUUUGACCCCUCUGCAAAACAUGACUUAGUACUUGGUGGCAAAACCCUUGUUGGCAAUCACAGAGGUCAGACGUUUCUUGUAGUUGGCCACCAGGUUUGCACACAUCUCAGGUGGGAUUUUGUUCCACUCCUAUUUGCAGAUCUUCUCCAAGUCAUUAAGGUUUCGAGGCUGACGUUUGGCAACUCGAACCUUCAGCUCCCUCCACAGAUUUUCUAUGGGAUUAAGGUCUGGAGACUGGCUAGGCCACUCCAGGACUUAAUGUGCUUCUUCUUGAGCCACUCCUUUGUUGCCUUGGCCGUGUGUUUUGGGUCAUUGUCAUGCUGGAAUAACCAUCCACGACCCAUUUUCAAUGCCCUGGCUGAGGGAAGGAGGUUCUCACCCAAGAUUUGACGGUACAUGGCCCCGUCCAUCGUCCCUUUGAUGCGGUGAAGUUGUCCUGUCCCCUUAGCAGAAAAACACCCCCAAAGCAUAAUGUUUCCACCUCCAUGUUUGAUGGUGGGGAUGGUGUUCUUGGGGUCAUAGGCAGCAUUCCUCCUCCUCCAAACACGGCGAGUUGAGUUGAUGCCAAAGAGCUCCAUUUUGGUCUCAUCUGACCACAACACUUUCACCCAGUUCUCCUCCGAAUCAUUCAGAUGUUCAUUGGCAAACUUCAGACGGCCCUGUAUAUGUGCUUUCUUGAGCAGGGGGACCUUGCAGGCACUGCAGGAUUUCAGUCCUUCACGGCGUAGUGUGUUACCAAUUGUUUUCUUGGUGACUAUGGUCCCAGCUGCCUUGAGAUCAUUGACAAGAUCCUCCCGUGUAGUUCUGGGCUGAUUCCUCACCGUUCUCAUGAUCAUUGCAACUCCCCGAGGUGAGAUCUUGCAUGGAGCCACAGGCCGAGGGAGAUUGACAGUUAUUUUGUGUUUCUUCCAUUUGCGAAUAAUCGCACCAACUGUUGGCACCUUCUCACCAAGCUGCUUGGCGAUGGUCUUGUAGCCCAUUCCAGUAGGUCUACAAUCUUGUCCCUGACAUCCUUGGAGAGCUCUUUGGUCUUGGCCAUGGUGGAGAGUUUGGAAUCUGAUUGAUUGAUUGCUUCUGUGGACAGGUGUCUUUUAUACAGGUAACAAGCUGAGAUUAGGAGCACUCCCUUUAAGAGUGUGCUCCUAAUCUCAGCUCGUUACCUGUAUAAAAGACACCUGGGAGCCAGAAAUCUUUCUGAUUGAGAGGGGGUCAAAUACUUAUUUCCCUCAUUAAAAUGCAAAUCAAUUUAUAACAUUUUUGACAUGCGUUUUCCUGGAUGUCUUUGUUGUUAUUCUGUCUCUCACUGUUCAAAUAAACCUACCAUUAAAAUUAUAGACUGAUCAUUUCUUUGUCAUUGGGCAAACGUACAAAAUCAGCAGGGGAUCAAAUACUUUUUUCCCUCACUGUAUUGAUGAAGCCAGUGACUGAUGUGGUGUACUCCUCAAAGCCAUCAGAAGAAUCCCAGAACAUAUUCUAGUCUGUGCUAGCAAAACAGUCCUGUAGCUUAGCAUCUGCUUCAUCUGACCACUUUUGUAUUGACCGAGUCACUGGUGCUUCCUGCUUUAGUUUUUGCUUGUAAACAGGAAUCGGGAGGAUAGAAUUAUGGUCAGAUUUGCCAAAUGGAGGGCGAGGGAGAGCUUUGUACGCGUCUCUGUGUGUGGAGUAAAGGUGGUCUAGAGUAUUUUUAUUUUUUUUCUCUGGUUGCACAUUUAACACCCCAUCUCCUUCCGCGAUAUAUCUGUCUCUUUCUCCUGCGAUUGACGGGGAUGAGGGCCCUUUCGGGUGUCUGGAGCAAAUCCCUCUCGUCCGAAUCAUUAAAGAAAGAUUAUUUGUCCAGUUCAAGGUAAGUAAUCGCUGUUCUGAUGUCCAGAAGCUCUUUUCGGUCAUAAUAAUAAUAAUUGGUCAUUUAGCAGACGCUCUUAUCCAGAGCGACUUACAGGAGCAAUUAGGGUUAAGUGCCUUGCUGAAGGGCACAUCGACAGAUUUUUCACCUAGUCGGCUCGGGGAUUAGAACCAGCAACCUUUCGGUUACUGGCACAACGCUCUUAAUCACUAGGCUACCUGCCGCUACCUGCCGCCAGAUUUUUCACCUAGUCGGCUCGGGGAUUAGAACCAGCAACCUUUCGGUUACUGGCACAACGCUCUUAACCACUAGGCUACCUGCCGCCAUAAGAGACGGUAGCAGGAACAUUAUGUACAAAAUAAGUUACAAACAAUGUGUUGGUUAAGAGUCCAUAAAACGGCAGCCAUCCCCUCAAAAUGUGCAGUUUUGUCACACAACUUCACAGAUGUCUCAAGUUUUGAGGGAAUGCUGACUGCAGGAAUGUCCACCAGAGCUGUUGCCAGAGAAUGUAAUGUUAAUUUCUCUACCAUUCAUCCGACGCAAUCACCUAAUGUUUCAGCAUAAUAAUGCACAGCCCCAUGUCUCAAGGAUCUAUACACAAUUCCUGGAAGCUGAAAAUGUCCCAGUUCUUCCAUGGGCUGCCUACUCACCAUACAUUUACAUUUUAGUCAUUUAGCAGACGCUCUUAUCCAGAGCGACUUACAGUUAGUGAAUACAUAUUUUUUUUAUACUGGCCCCCCGUGGGAUCGAACCCACAACCCUGGCGUUGCAAACGCCAUGCUCUAUCAACUGAGCUACAUCCCUGCCGGCCAUUCCCUCCCCUACCCUGGACGACGCUGGGCCAAUUGUGCGCCGCCCAUGAGUCUCCCGGUCGAGGCCGGCUGCGACAGAGCCUGGAUUCAAACCAGGAUCUCUAGUGGCACAGUUAGCACUGCGAUGCAAUGCCUUAGACCACUGCGCCACUCAGGAGAUAAUGUCUCCUGACAUGUCACCUAUUGAGCACGUUUGGGAUGCUCUGGAUUGAUGUGUACGACAGCGUGUUCCAGUUCCUGCCAAUAUUCAGCAACUUCGCACAGCCAUUGAAGAGGAGUGGGACAACAUUCUACAGGCCACAAUCAGCAGCCUGAUCAACUCUAUGCGAAGUAGAUGUGUCGCGCUGCAUGUGGCAAAUGGUGUUCACACCAGAUACUGACUGGUUUUCUGAUCCACGCCCCUACCUUUAAAAAAAAAGAAAUCUGUGACCAACAAAUGUAUAUCUGUAUUUCCUGUCAUGUGAAAUCCAUAGAUUAGGGCCUAAUUUAUUUAUUUCAAUUGACUGAUUUCGUUAUAUGAACUGUAACUCAGUCAAAUCUUUGAAAUUGUUGCGUUUAUGUUUUUGUCCAGUGUAGAUGGUUAUGCCAACUUGUGCUGUAUUACUGUAGGGCUGUGCCAUUCUCAGAAUCUGUUGAAAAGUCAUAUUUUUCAUUACUAUAACAAAAGCGUGGGUAUGUCCUUCCACCAUGACAAUGAAAUUGCUAGUGGUGCUGUCUUUGGAAUACAUUAUGAGCCCCCCUGCAGUAUAGUUGUAGGUGAACAAGCCAAUAACAAACUUACCUUCGGAGCAUAUCCUCACUUGACACUUACCGUAAUAUAAUCAAACAAAUUAGAUUGUUUAAUUUGUGUCUGACCUUGUUUUUUUUGUCAGUAAACUUUUUCCCAUUUGAUCUUUGGAAGCACAACAUGACUGCCAUUUUGCCCUUGCCUAAAUGUAUUUAAUCAUCUCCUCUAUAUGUCCUUUUACACAAUGACAUAGAUAUCAGCAACUGGUUUUGUAUUUGUAUUUUAUUAGGGAUCCCCAUUAGCUGCUGCCAAGGCAGCAGCUACUCUUCCUGGGGUCCAAAUACAUCAAGACACUUACAUUACACAUAAAACAUAAGAUAAAACAGUACAUCAUAUAACAUCGCUACACCACUACAUGGUUGGCAUAACGAUUUCUGAAUGUCUCAUGAACUUCUAUUUCCUUCAUGACUUAUACAUUUCCAUCUCUCCUUUUCUCUUAUCCUCUCCAUCUCUGCCCCCUUUAUUUCUGCAGUGAUCUUGGAGUCCAUGUUGACGGCUUCAUCUCGAAUGUGGCUCAUAGCUUUGUUGUGGGAGCUACCAAGGUAUGUACCAUUAUGACCUAAUGACUUGGAAUUCUUAAGCCCUCAUUGCAAUAGGCUUAAAGAGAUAUUCUGGAGGAUUGAAAAUGACCUCAUUAUUUUUUUAACCUGCCGUUUUGGACUAGACAUGUAAAUGUAUGGCUCAUACAUACAUAAUAAACGAUCUACGGUUCUCUCCCAGCGGAAAAUGGCACAGAAUCCUUACAUUCUAACCUGCCAUAAUUUAGUGCAUGAGAUUUGCUUGCUCAUUCCUGUCAUGUAGUGAACGUGCGCUCUGAAGCAAGUGGGAUGAGUGGCUGCAUGCGCUUACCAUUAGUGAUUUUGAUAACAGCGAAAAUACAUUGAAUUAAUCGAAUGCAUGAUAACUGCCAUGCAUCAGAAGUUUGAAAGCAUCCUGAAUUAGAAGUGAGAUCUAUUAGACCUAGGUAGUAGUUUAAUUUCUCUUUCAAAGCAUUUCUCUGCAAACCAGAGAAUGUUGUGUGCUAAAUAUGCCAGUGUAGCCACACAAAUACAUUAGAAGAUAAUUGUCCACCCGAUCAGAAACACUGUGCUGACAACCUUUAGUUUCUAAAUGGUGUCGCUGGUGAAUUUUGGAAUAUAUUGCAAAAUAGGCUAUAAGGUUUUAACCAGGUGCGCGUCCAUCCAUAUGUCCUGUUCGCCAAUCACGACACAACGCACAUGUUGAUGCGCUCGAGAAGUGCAUGCUGAAGUAAACGUUCACCCACUUUUUAUACAAUAAAUUAUUGGCCUACCUUUCUGUUGUCAACCAUCCAUCCAAUUCAAAUAAUUCCAUGUGUCCACCUUUUGUCCUUAUAAAUGUUCACAAAGGUAUUAUUCAAUGAUAUGGGGUAAUAAUCCAACACAGCAGUUGAUUGCCAGCGAUCAUCAUUCAUCACAUAGGCAAAUGCUAUUUAUAAUAAAUACACAACUUUUAACAUUUACAUUUUAGUCAUUUAGCAGACGCUCAUAUCCAGAGCGACUUACAGUUAGUGAGUGCAGACAUUAUUUUUUAAAUUUUCAUACUGUCCCCCCGUGGGAAGCGAACCCACAACCCUGGCGUUGCAAACGCCAUGCUCUACCAACUGAGCUACAUCCCUGCCGGCCAUUCCCUCCCCUACCCUGGACGACGCUGGGCCAAUUGUGCGCCGCCCCAUGGGUCUCCCGGUCGCGGCCGGCUACGACAGAGCCUGGAUUCGAACCAGGAUCUCUAGUGGCACAGCUAGCACUGUGAUGCCGUGCCUUAGACCACUGCGCCACUCGGGAGGUAAGGAGUUGAUGCAAACAUAUAACUGCUGGUAUUAUUUUUUUUUUUUGAGUCAUUUUAGCAGACGCUCUUAUCCAGAGCGACUUAUAGGUAUUGAGUGCAUACAUUUUUCAUACUGGCCCCCCGUGGGAAACGAACCCACAACCCUGGCGUUGCAAGCGCCAUGCUCUACCAACUGAGCUACAGGAGGGCUUAACUUUCCAUUGUAUAAAAUUACAUUAUCACAUUACUUUGAGACCUUGCAUGCAACUACAGGAAGUCGGGAACUGACCUGCAACAACCAAACGUGAUGGACAAUGUUGAUAGGCAGGUGAAAUUAUGUCCGAUGAGGUUGCAAGGUUAAAGUGGGAGGCGGGAUCAGGAUAGGCCCAGUAUUGUCCAAUGAUGUUGCGGGUAGGGCCCGGGACGAUACCCGUAUCUCGAUACUCAUUAGUAUCGUGGCAAGGAAACAAAACACAAAGCAGAUUGAACUUCUUUUGGAAAACAGCCCUAAUGUUGGAAACAAACAUUAAGUUGUCAUCCAGAGUCACAUUUAUUUAUUUUCCAAGCUAUAGCACACAAUAUUUUACAUACAGCAGGUUUUUAAAGGACCAAAUAGUUUGGUCUGCUUCGUGUUUUAAUUUUUGCCAUGGAAAAAAAUAUCACAAUACUGGUAUCAUCACAGCCCCAGUUUUGGGGUGAGUCCAACAUGCACACCACAUGAACACCACAGAGUUAUUUUUUUACUCUCUUUGGGCACACGUUACAGAACAAUGACAUGAGGACAUUGUGCACAAUUGUUGGGAGUUUCCAUUUUGGCUUGUGAGCGCUACUUUCAAAACUACUGGCUGAAAUUAAACAAAACUUCCAGAAAAUCUCUUUAAAACACUCACAUUAAUUCUCCUUCAGGGCUCUGGCAUAUGUGCCUGAAUAUUUUUGCUGUGUGACCACCAGUGUGUAAAAAUGAAGGAUUUUAGCUUUAAUAUCUCAAAUAUUUUCAAUUUUGCUCAUACAUUUAUUUGUGUGCAUCUACAUUUUUCAACUUAGGCGCAAAUGUGCUCCUUGUAAGAAAAGGUCAGCGUAGAGCCCUGAUCUUACCUCUGCCUUGUACAUGUAGGAGGCUCCAGUGACAGGGAAGAAAGCUGAUGUGAUAAAGGCAGCUCACCUGUGUGCGGAGGCAGCCCUACGCCUUGUCAAGCCUGGCAACCAGAACUCAAAGGUGACAGAGGCUUGGAACAAGAUCGCUCAGUCAUUCAAAUGCACAGCCAUCGAGGGUGAGUGCAGAAAGUCCCUUUUGCCCUUAGAGUUGACUCUGAUUCAUGGGUCUAAGAUAGUGAAUCAACAGUUUUAGCGGACCCUUUUCAUAUGGACGGGUUGGUUGUUUAGCAACAAAACCGACGCGUGCGCAACUAUGGGGCAAAACAGACUGGGUUGGCUUAGAUUGUUGACAACAUGUAAACUAUAGUUAGUCUCCAAAUGUUUAUUGAAAACAUAAAUGCAUUUGCGCAAUGAGCACUUGUCUCUCAACUACAUCGUUACAGUUGUUGGUUAGCAAGCUGGUGAAUUUUAGCCAUAUUAGCAUUGACAUGAAAUCAGUCAAAACACCUCAAAACAAGACAUGGUAUCAAGAACAAGAUAAAACUAGCUGAAACGAGCCACCUACAGUGGCUUGCGAAAGUAUUCACCCCCUUGGCAUUUUUCCUAUUUUGUUGUCUUACAACCUGGAAUUAAAAUGGAUUUUUGGGGGGUUUGUAUCAUUUGAUUUACACAACAUGCCUACCACUUUGAAGAUGCAAAAUAAAAAAUUUUGUGAAACAAACAACAAAUAAGACAAAAAACUGAACUUGAGCGUGCAUAACUAUUCACCCCCCAAUACUCCCGAGUGGCGCAGCGGUUAAAGGCACUGCAUCUCAGUGCUUGAGGCGUCACUACAGACCCCCUGGUUCGAUUCCAGGCUGUAUCACAAUCCAGCCGUGAUUGGGAGUCCCAUAGGGCGGCGCACAAUUGGCCCAGCGUCGUCCGGGUUUGGCCAGUGUAGGCCGUCAUUGUAAAUAAGAAUUUGUUCUUAACUGACUUGCCUAGUUAAAUAAAGGUUAAAUAAAUAAAAUAAAAUACUUUGUACAGCUGCAAGUCUCUUGGGGUAUGUCUCUAUAAGCUUGGCACAUCUAGCCACUGGGAAUUUUGCCCAUUCUUCAAGGCAAAACUGCUCCAGCUCCUUCAAGUUGGAUGGGUUCCGCUGGUGUACAGCAAUCUUUAGUCAUACCACAGAUUCUCAAUUGGAUUGAGGUCUGGGCUUUGACUAGGCCAUUCCAAUACAUUUAAAUGUUAAACCACUUGAGUGUUGCUUUAGCAGUAUGCUUAGGGUCAUUGUCCUGCUGUAAGGUGAACCUCCGUCCCAGUCUCAAAUCUCUGGAAGUCUGAAACGGGUUUCCCUCAAGAAUUUCCCUGUAUUUAGCGCCAUCCAUCAUUCCUUCAAUUCUGACCAGUUUUCCAGGCCCUGCCGAUGGGAAAAACAUCCCCACAGCAUGAUGCUGCCACCACCAUGCUUCACUGUGGGGAUGGUGUUCUCGGGUGAUGAGAGGUGUUGGGUUUGCGCCAGACAUAGCAUUUUCCUUGAUGGCCAAAAAGCUCAAUUUUAGUCUCAUCUGACCUUCUUCCAUAUGUUUGGGGAGUCUCCCACAUGUCUUUUGGCGAACACCAAACGUGUUUGCUUAUUUGAUUCUUUAAGCAAUGGCUUUUUUCUGGCCACUCUUCCAUAAAGCCCAGCUCUGUGGAGGGUACGGCUUAAAGUGGUCCUAUGGACAGAUACUCCAAUCUCAGCUGUGGAGCUUUACAGCUCCUUCAGGGUUAUCUUUGGUCUCUUUGUUGCCUCUCUGAUUAAUGCCCUCCUUGCCUGGUCCAUGAGUUUUGGUGGGCGGCCCUCUCUUGGCAGGUUUGUUGUGGUGCCAUAUUCUUUCAAUUUUUUAAAUAAUGGAUUUAAUGGGAUGUUCAAAGUUUCUUUAUUUUAAUUUUUAUUACCCAACUCUGAUCUGUACUUCUCCACAACUUUGUCCCUAACCUGUUUGGAGAGCUCCUUGGUCUUCAUGGUGCUGUUUGCUAGGUGGUGUCCCUUGCUUAGUGGUGUUGCAGAUUCUGGGGCCUUUCAGAAUAGGUGUCUAUAUAUACUGAGAUCAUGUGACAGAUCAUGUGACACUUAGAUUGCACACAGGUGGACUUUAUUUGACUAAUUAUGUGACUUCUGAAGGUAAUUGGUUGCACCAGAUCUUAUUUAGGGGCUUCAUAGCAACGGGGGUGAAUACAUAUGCAUGCACCACUUUUCCGUUAUUUAUUUUUUAGAAUUUUUUGAAACAAGUGAUUGUUUUCAUUUCACUUCACCAAUUUGGACUAUUUUGUGUAUAUCCAUUAUAUGAAAUCUGUUGCAAUGGUUUUGUAUCUUUCUGUUUAAGGUAUGUUAUCUCAUCAGCUGAAGCAACACGUCAUCGAUGGAGAGAAGACCAUCAUUCAGAACCCCACAGACCAGCAAAGGUACAUUAACGUCCAAGCACUAGAACACAUGUAGAAAAUAGUGCUUUGAUGAAGUACAAUACCACGAGGGCAGACAGCAUGUUGUUUAUAUUUUUGUUCAGUAUAAAAGUAGGUCUGGUUCACAUCUAACAGCCGUUAUAAGAAGAGACGAGUGGAGACAAAACUAGCUAGUGAAUUUUGUGUUGUAAAACUGAAGACGGAAUGGCCGGGCAUUCAAAAAGACAAUAAGGGCAGUUGAGUCAGUUUCCGUAUUAACAUGGACUCUUUACACCAUGAUGAAACAUUGUUGCUCCUUGUUUCAGCAAGGUACAGUAUUGAAGCAAUCAUGAAAUACAUGCACCCAAUGGAAUACCAAAAACAGGGCACACUCUGUGACUUGACAGAGAAAUGUCAGCAAGUUAGGCUAGCUAACUCCAGCUAGCUAGCUAUCCCCUCUGCUAGCUGUCAGUCAGCUUGGCUAAACAGUAAACACAGUUUCUCAUUUGAGUCCAAGGCAACGCCUAGGAGCACAUGCAGUCAUGAGCAGAGAAGAGGAGAAUAUAAUAAUAAUAAUAAUAAUAAUAAUAAUAUUUUUGAUAUUAGAACAGUGACCAUGGUCAUUUGGCUGAUCCAAAAUUCCAUGACCGUCACAGCCCUAGUCACUAAGACUGAAUGAUAAAUUAAAGAUGUGAGUUGCUCUGAUUGGCUACUGUUGAUGCCCAUCUGCAGGAAGGACCACGAGAAGGUAGAGUUUGAGGUGCACGAGGUCUACGCUGUUGAUGUGCUGAUCAGCACUGGUGAAGGGAAGGUGAGAGAGAGAGACGGGGGUAAAUCCCAAUGCCCCCAUGCGGUAACAUGGAUGGAAAAGGGCAAUAUUACUCUGAGUCUGAACUAUCCUAAGAAGCCCCAUACUAUUCUUUUUUUUCCUUUUAAUUUCUUAUCUGGCUAAAUUCGACUGUCCAAUACUGAUGUUUCUAUGCUCCUGUCCCCUGCCCAGGCCAGGGAUGGAGGCCAGAGGACCACCAUUUACAAGAGGGACCCCAGUAAGCAGUACGGGCUGAAGAUGAAGACCUCCCGCAUGUUCUUCAGCGAGGUGGAGCGACGCUUCGACGCCAUGCCCUUCACACUCAGGUAGGAUACCAAAUGGAAGCUGUCCUCACAUUAGAAGUGUCAGAGAGACUUCAUAUAACCAACUGCAUAUCAACACGAUAAUCUUAUCAUUAAAGACGUGGACUUUUCUUUUCAUCAACCAUCUCUCUGAUGCUGUGAGUCAGGUGCUUUGAAUGUAAAUUGGAGACCUCCUCAGCUAACAGGUGUGUCUUGUUCCUCUCCUCUCUUCAGGGCGUUUGAGGAUGAGGCCAAAGCCCGCCUGGGCGUGGUGGAGUGUGCCAAACACGAGCUGCUACAGCCUUUCAGUGUGCUCAAUGAGAAGGAGGGUGAGUCUCUCUGCAUCUGUCUUUUCCUAUCCUCUGUGCGCUGUUUCUUUCUCUUUUUCUAACUACCUGUCUCAUUAUCUCUCCCUUUGCUUCUCAGGAGAGUUUGUUGCCCAGUUUAAGUUCACAGUGCUGCUGAUGGCCAACGGCCCCCAUAAAAUCACCAGCGGACCCUUUGAGACAGAACUCUACAAGUCAGAGCACGAGGUGCAGGACGCAGAGCUGAGGGUAAGUAGGGCUACCAGCCCACGGCCCCGUGUAACCUGAAAGGCUCUUCACUGCUCAUAUUCCAUGAAUAACUAUAUUAAUGAACAGGGGCUUGCAGCUCGGAGCCUAAACUUUAAGUAACUGAAUAAGGGUAUGAGAUGGCAUCUGAGGUUUUGACCAGUCUAUUUCCACACUUAGCAGCUCUGUUGUGGCUCUCUUCCUUGGAAGAAAUAUCUUGAUUGACAGCAAACAAUCCCUCUUUCUCCCCCAGACUCUACUACAGAGCUCAGCCAGUCGCAAAACACAAAAGAAGAAGAAAAAGAAGGUAUUUGAUAUGACAAUGGUGAAAAACAAAUUAAGUCAAUAUAUUCUGUUCGCUCUCCAUUCUUAAUCGGUGCCUUCCUUCCUCCCUCCUAGGCCUCCAAGACUGUGGAAACCGCUACUGGACAGCCAACCAAGGAGAGCAACAAGGCGCCAGAGUAGAUGCCUACCCGUCUUCAGACACACUGACACAUACAUACAUACACACACCAAAUAACAGAAACUUAGAAAUGGAAUCUAAAUCUUCCCCAACUGUUAGCUCUUUUUGACCCUCAUGCCCUUUUCUAGUAUGUGGCCCAUUGACUACAUCUGAUAGAUUUGGAGUUGAGCCUGUUGGAAUGCUCUCAAAUCUGUUGAAAAUACAAUUUUCAGUUGAAUCUGUAGACUGAAUAAGGGUCACAACAUUACAUGCAUAUGGAGUUUAUUUUCCAUUGAUACUUAACUGGAGUAUGAGAUUGGGGAAACACAUUUUUGGAAUAUGAUGGAUCAAAAACCUUUUGUAGCCUUUGGUUUUUAUACCUUAUCGUUAGGUGAUGUACCUGACUUCAGAAAUGUUGCAAUCUAUAGGUGAAGUGUUUAUAAACUUUUUAAAUAAAAAAUGUCAAAAGAAAUA